ACGCAAGAUGGCUGCUGCAGCUGUUUCUCUAUUGAGUUCGUUGUGUUCGCGACCUGCUUCACAGCUGGCGGGAGUGGGUCGCCGUCCUGGCCCGGGACGCGCAGGGUUCCCCCGAGGCGCGGAAGCUGCUACCGGUGAUCGCUUGUGCCCACGCGUCCCUUCUUCGGGGAGGGGGAGAAGGACGGGAGCGUGCCGGCGGCGGCUGGCUCGCAGAUACCAGGAGUUUGUGACCUUCAAGGAUGUAGCUGUAUACUUCACCCGGGAAGAGUGGGCCCUGUUAGACCCAUUCCAGAGAAAGCUGUUCAGAGAAGUGAUGCUAGAGAAUAUCAGUCAUCUGGUCUCAGUGGGAUGUCAGGUCUUCAAAUCAGAUGUGCUUUUCCAGUUGGCACAAGGAGAUGAAGUGUGGAGAGAAGGAAUAGGAUUUCUCGUAAACCAGAGACAAGUUAAGAAAAGUGCCUUUAAAAAACCAGAAAAGAUAAUCAUGCAGUCUACCUGCAGAAAAGACACUUCUAAUAUCAUGUCAUUGGUAACUGGCAGUCAAAAGAAUUCCAUUAAAUGCAAUUAUUUGCAAGAAGAUUCCACGAACAAGUCCACAGUAAGUCAACAAACAUUAAUUAAAAUGAGAAAGAAACCAUAUAUCCACAAACCACUUGAUCAGUCAUCCUUUAAUUGCACUAGAAGUAAAUCACAGAAAUGUCAUCAAAGUGAUAAACCCUUUAUUAAAAGCUCUGAAAACAGACAGUACAAUGGAACUCACAUUGGAGAUAAACCGUAUGAAUGCGUUCUCUGUGGCAAAGCCUUCAGUAACUCUUUUAAUCUUCAAAAACAUGAGAGAACUCACACAGGAGAGAAACCCCAUGAAUGUCAUCUAUGUGGAAAAGCCUUCAGUGAAUCUUACAAUCUUCGACAACAUGAGAAAACUCACACAGGAGAAAAACCCCAUGAAUGUCAUCUAUGUGGAAAAGCUUUCAGUCAUUGUUCUUACCUUAAAAAACAUGAGAGAUCUCAUACUGGAAAAAAACCCCAUGAAUGUCAUCUAUGUGGAAAAGCCUUCAGUGAAUCUUCUUAUCUUCGAAAACAUGAGAGAACUCAUACAGGAGAGAAGCCCUAUGAAUGUCAUCUAUGUGGGAAAGCCUUUAAUCAAUCUGCUCAUCUUCGACAACAUGAGAGAACUCACACAGGAGAGAAACCCUAUGAUUGCCAUCUGUGUGGGAAAGCCUUCUCUCGAUCUACUCAUCUUCGCCAACAUGAGAGAACUCACAGUGGAGAAAAACCCUAUAAAUGCCAUCGAUGUGGGAAAACCUUCAGUCAUAGCUCUUCCCUUAAACAACAUGAGAGAUCUCACAGUGGAAACAAAGUCCUUUAAUGCCAACUAGGUGGGAAAGCCUCCAGUCAGUCUGCUCAUCUUUGACAACGUGCAGCCCACGCUGGAGAGGAACCAUAUGAAUGCCAUCUAUAGCUUUCAUUCACUGCUCCUUACUCAGGUAACAUGAGAUAUCUCACCCUGGAGAGAAACCCCAUGAAUGCCACCAAUGUGGGAAAGCCUAGAUUCACUGCUCUGCCCUUAAAAAACAUGAGAAAUCACACUGGAGACAAAUCCUGUGAAUGCCAUCCAUGUGGGGAAGCCUCCAGUCACUGGUUGUCCCUUAAAAGAUGUGAGGGAAGUCACAUUGAAGAGAAAACCUAUACAUUUCUCUUAUGUGGGAAAGUUUUUGCUUAUAGUUAUGCCCUCAGAUAACAUGAGACAGUUGUGCCCUCACAGUUAUGCUCAUAGUAAUGCUCUCAGGUAGCAUGAGCUAAUUUCAUAGGAAGCUCUGUUAGCCCAAGUGGCACACUGUGCCACUGCAUGUUGCAUGCCUUUCAGCUAUUGGGACUCUCUCUUGGUAGUGGGGGCUGCCAUGCCAGUGACUUCUGCUUUAACUUUGGUAUGCUUCUGAUUAUCAGCUCUGGUGGUUUGAAGUGUUUGCACCCCAGAAAAACAUGUUCUUAAACCUAAUCCAUUCCUGUGGGUGUAAACCUAUUUAAGUAAGAUCUUUUGUUGAGGCCACUUCAGUUUGGGUGUGACCCACCUCAAUCUGAAGGUUUUUUUUUUUAAUGCAAUUUUAUUGAGGUAUGUUUACAUAGCAUCCAGUCAUCCAGUGUGUACAAUCAGUUGUUCACAAUAUCAUCAUAUAGUUUUGCAUUCAUCACCAUAAUCAAUUUUGAACAUUUUCAUUACUCCGAAAAAAUGAAAAAUAAGAAUAAGAAUAAAUAUAAAAAUAAAAGUUUAAAAGAGUGCCUAAAACAUCCUAUACCUUCCAUUCACCCCGAUUAUUCAUCCUAUACCCUCCAUUCACCCCGAUUAUUCAUUUACUUUUCAUUUACUUUUGUCCCCAUUUUUCCACUCAUGUCCAUACACUGGAUAAGGGAGUGGGAACCACAAGGUUUUCACAAUCACAUAGUCACACCAUAUAAGUUAUAUAGUUUUACAGUCAUCUUCAAGAAUCAAGACUAUUGGGUUGCAGUUCAACAGUUUCAGAUAUUAAUCUGAAUUGUAUUUAAUCUUCCUACUGGAGUCCUUUACAAGGCAAUACAAUUCAGACAACGAAAGCAACAGAAGCAAAACGUUGACAUCAACAAAACAUGAAAGUGUGAGAGACCAGCAGGUGCCACCAUGUUCCUUGCCAUGUGGCAGCAGAGCCAAGAAUCUCUGGCAGCUGGUCUUCAUGAAGAAAUCAUCUGUGAUGCCUUGAUUUUUGACAUUUUCCUAAAAUCUAAACAUAAGCAAAUAAAUCUCCAUUGUGCAAGAAAUUUAAGCAGUCUAGGAAACAGAAACACCAGCACAGUGACCCCUAAAAUUUGCUUGUUGGGCAAGCACCUAGGCCUUGUCUGGGAUGACUGUCCAACCUGUAGAUGUUAUAAUGUCUAAGACCAUAUGUAGGACAUGGUUAACCAGUUCCUAAGUGGAGCCUGCAAUGAGGAUGCCAUCAGUAUAUUAGGUGACAAGUACUUGGGAUAACUGCUUGUUGCAAGUCUACCCUACUCACUAGUGACAUAGUGCAGAGUAGUAGCAACGUGUCUCAGGAAGCAGAUCAGGCAUACUAUAUGCCACUCCACAUGAAUGCAAAUUGAUCUUGAUCUUUGUUCCAAAAAGUGAUUGAGAAAAAGGCAUUAGCCAGGUGAAAAACAGCAUACCAGUCUCCUGAGUGGGCUGUCAUCAGCUUAGUGACAGCAGUGAUGUCAAGUAAAGCAGGGACUAAGGGCAGCACCUCAGCAUUUUAUUCUUGAUCUGUUAACCUGCUACUGAUGUCUUUUUUUUUUUUAAUUUUAUUUUGAAAUAAAUUCAAACUUACAGGAA